AUGCACAGCGUUUAUGAAUUGUGUUUGAUUAUUUAUACAGGAAGGAAUCUUCACAUUAAUUCAUACAAUACAAAUAAUGAUCCAGUCACUACAGCCAAACAACUGGAUGGAAUGCUAGCAGAGGGAGAGUCAACUCCACACAAGAGAGUGCGAGGUAUAAUUGGCCUGGGAACUAAUGCCCUAACAGAGGGUCUGGCCCCAGUGUUAGCAGCCAACAAAAUCCCCCAGAUUGCCACCAGAGAAGAUGAAUAUGGCUUCAGAGAUAAGGCUAUCUAUCCGUACUAUAACAGACUCUCCUGGAAUAUAGGCUCCUUGUCCCACAGUAUCAUGAUGGCAGCUGCUUACAGAAACUGGAAGAAGAUGAUAAUCAUUCGACAGUCCAACUUAAAAAUCAACAACGUCUUCAUUCAGAAAGCAAAAGACUUCAAUCUGGAAAUUACUGCAGAGAUUGCUAUACCAUUCAUUCCUCCACCAUUGUGCAGACCAGGCCUCUUACAGACGUACAUGGAUAAGAUUAAAUCCUAUGGAGUCCGGAUAAUAUGGAUGUUUAUGAUUCCCCCCUUUAUGGCCUUUACUCUGUGUGAAGCUAGAAGCAAUAACAUGACUUCCUAUGAUGGAUACCAGUGGGGUGCUAUAGGACAGUAUGGCUGGUAUUUCCCUUACGCCAACCAAUAUUACGCAGGAUGUCGGGAUCCAAAUGAAUUGCCAUGUAGCACAGCAUUCAAGGGUUGGAUAGGAAUUGAUUCUACGUAUGAUUUAAAUGGAUUGAUGACGGACCAUUGGAAGAGAGUAAUGGAGAGACAUCUAUUUACUGACAGAGUUCAGAAGAAUUACAGAGGAACCAAUAGAAAGAACAAGUGGCUAGAGGUGUUGGCUAUGUAUGCCUUGGCCUAUGAUGCAGUGAUUGUCUACAGUGAAGCUUUGACGGAUCUGAUGCAGAAGAACGAGACCAUCACCCCAGACAAGCUAGUCAAGCAAAUCAGAAAUAUGGAAAUGGAUGGAUUAACAGGGCACAUUAAAUUUGAGAACGAGACAGGUGAUCGGCCCGGCUUUCGUGGAUUUAUGUGUGUGGUCAAUCCUCAUCCAUUAGGAACACACUCAGCUUCACAUACAGCAGUAUUUGCAAGAGCUUUCAUUCUGGAAAACACAGCUGCAACCACCCAAUUGGAAAUAGCAAUGGAAGCCAAGAGACCUUUGAGUCUUCCGCCUUUUAAUCAUAUAGUUGCCAAUUACACAACACCGGAGUCACCAUUCAUGAACAAAUUCAGGUACAAUACCUCCACGGGGAUGAUAAGUGCCUUCACACAACAGAUUAUUCCCAUCCCCCCUUCCACCGCUCCCCCUCAGGACGUAGUAGAGGAGGAGUAUACGAUAGCCCCAUUCUAUUGUUCUGGUGGAUGUGGAGGAAAUGCCACAGAUGAAUAUGAUGUCACCAAGUAUCAGUUUGGAGAAUGUAUUUCUAUGGAAAAAUGCAAGUGUAAUGAUGGGUAUUAUGGAGAUAACUGUGAGAAGAUGCUGUGUACUUGUUUGAAUGGCUUCUGUUCAGUUCCUAAGAACUGUACUUGUGACUCAGGCUGGUACGGAGAUCGAUGUCAACAUGCCAUUUGUAGUUCCUGUGUCAAUGGUCGGUGCACAUCACCUGAUGUGUGUACCUGUGACGGUUCCUACACCGGGGCGGCCUGUGAUACCUCUCUGGUGGUGGUCACUGUCGUUCCUAUCCUCUGUUUAUCCAUCGCCAUUGUUGCUGCCGUUUUCUUUGUCAGAUGGUUCCUCAAAAGACAGCAUCUGAAGAAUGCCUUACAGAACUUGGACUGGUUGGUCAAGUUUGAUGAAGUGAUGAUAGGAGAUGCCAGAGCUCUUAGUUUUGUGUCCACUGCUGGAGAAGACCUAGCAAUAUCAAAUAAAUCCAACAUCUGUACUUGGAGAAGUCAAAAAUGUUAUAUGCAGAAAUUUAAUUGUGAUUCUCUGUCUGUGGAAAAUGAAGACCUGCGAUUUGAAGUUGUAAAAUUGAAGGAAACACGGCACAAUAACCUGAUAUUAUUUGUGGGGGCCUGUCUGGAUUUUCCUAAUGUUUGCGUUCUGACUGAAGUAGCACCUAAAGGAAGUGUGGAGGAUUUACUUCUGAAUGAUACUGUCAAACUUGGAUGGGACUUCCGUUUUUCAUUAUUAAAAGAUAUAUGUCGUGGAAUGGAAUUUUUACACCGCUCAGAUAUUGGAUCACAUGGGAGACUCAAGUCCUCAAACUGUGUGGUGGAUAAUAGAUGGACCUGUAAAGUGACAGGUUUUGGUCUACCAACUUUAAGAUAUGAUGGUCCCAGGAAGUACUUUGGUGAAGUGCAUGAACCAAAACUCAGUAACUUGUUCUGGACGGCACCAGAGUUAUUGGCUGGCUGUAAGACGCUGGAUCAAGUGAGAUGUGGAACCAAGGCAGGAGAUGUGUACUCUUUUGCCAUAAUCAUGGCAGAAAUGUGCACACGAGAAGAACCGUACACAAAGGAACUGGGCUACCUAGACCCUGAUCAGAUCCUCCAGCUGGUUCUAGAUAAGGAAUCUCAGGAGGCUGCCACAGCUAAAAAGACCUGGUACAAGAAUGGAGGAGAUACGACCAAACAUUUCCGACCUGACGUAGAAGACUGUUAUCUCCCAGAGGAAUAUGCCGCCAGAUCAGGCAUGAGAAGGUUGUUUGCACAAUGCUGGAACAAUAGACCUGAUAUUAGACCAACAUUUAGACAAACUCUAGAUAGACUGAAUGAAAUUUACCCUGUCAAGGGGGAGUUGAUAGACAAUCUUGUCAACAUGCUGGAGAAGUACUCCAGUAAUUUAGAAGCCAUUGUGGCAGAGAGGACAAGAGAAUUAGUGGCAGAGAAGGCCCGGACAGAGGAACUAAUUAGUCAAAUGUUACCCAAGAAAGUGGCUGAGGAUCUCAAGCAUGGCAAAACGGUGGAGCCCGAGGCUUUUGAAUGUGUUACCAUAUACUUCAG